GUCGUCGUCCUAGUCAUGCCGGGGCUUAUGCCUACUGUUGAAUCACUGUCACGAAACGCUCUUUUAUUUGUAAACGGUCCGCAUAUACAUAUCUGGACUCGUUGGAUGAUCACGUGUCUAAAAGUUUCUCGAGAACCCAGUUGGAGUAAAGCAAGUCGUACGUGGUUAAUACGUCAUAUUUCCAAGGAGACAAAUAUUCAAAAAUGCAUUCAAAACAAACCUUCUAGUCGUAAACCCGAAACCCGGUUUCAUCAUUGGAAAACUACUUACAAAGACUGUUGUUUGGUAGGUACACGACGAAUUGCGUCUCAUAAGGUUCAAAUUUCGAUCGAUAGUUUAAGUUCAAAAAGUGUUUCCGCGCUAGAGUUGGUAGUUUAUAUAGAACUCUAUGUUUAACUCGUCAAGGUCUCUUCCCGACUAUUGGAAACAUUAGUGACCUACUUGAGACGACAUCUCGUAUGCUGCUGUAGUCGAAAGAGUCUUCUCCACGGAGAAACAUUCACGUGCCUCUGGAGCUUGUGUAAGCAAAGUGACUUGUCUCGAACCAAUUAGUCAUAGUUUGAACCAAGUUAGGGAGGAUCGCUGGUUGGUGGCUUGAGGCUUGCUAGUGGGGAAGCCUAUUGACAGCAAAGGAAUGCCUCGUCGCUUUACGUCCGACAAGUAUUUGCAGUAUUAGGUGGGUCCUCUUCAUUCGAGUGAUAAGGCUCCUUGAGGUUGGAUGGAUGGCAGUGUUCAUCUACAGUACCAGAACCUUGAAUCUCUAACUAGUGGGUUUUUUUUUCAUUCAAGUAUCCCUGGCUAUAUCUUAGUUGCUCGACAUUUGAUACAAACUAUGCCUAUACGCUUUAUAGUAAUAUCCUAAACAUCAGCCCCGCUCCAAAAUCGAGAGCUCAAUUCGUCAAUGAUGCAAAAUGUAGGAAUCGAAAUAUGACUGGAGAAUGGUCAAUGUUAUUUAUUUAUUAUACUUUUAUAUUUUUGUGGGAAAAUAAACAUUUGACUGUUCAU